AUGAAAACCAUUCUUUUCAUUUAUCUGAUCACGGAACACGAGUUUUCGCCCAGGUAAGCAAACGGGCUAGUUUAAAAGGGUACUGUAGGCUUGGAACAUGUGCUAGGCGUCUGAAAAUUUUUUUCGUGAAAACUUGAGACCUAGUACUAUGUUUUUGUAGUUGACGACUUUUUUCUACGACCACUCCCUCGGGUACUGUAGCUCUUCGAAGUUGCCGCCUGAAAAUUACCGACUUUUUGCAAGCUCUAACUUUCAAGCGCUACAGUACUCCAGAGAGCGGUUUUACAAGAAAGUUGUCAACUACAAAUCGAAAGUUCAACUUUUUUGCUACAUUUUUCUAGUUGACCACUUUUCCGCAAAACCACUACGAAGAGUACUGUAGCUCGUCAAACUAACAAUCAAGUUUAUUCUAGCAAAGCCACCUUCGUCUAUCAUCUUUUCACGUGCAUCGCCUAUCUCACUCCACUAAUUGGAUCAAUUAUGGCCGAUUCGGUGUUUGGACGGUUCAAGGUGAGAUCGGAUUACUGUAGACUUUGCUCGUCAAUUUCUACGUUUCGCACAAACAUACAUGUAAUAGAAGGAAAUGCGGAUAUCGUUUAUUCAAAACAAUUUAUCUCAGCUGUCGUUCGAGAUAUCAAAAAGUUGUCAACAGACAAAAUGUUCGUUAGGAAAUUGUGCACAUUUUCGCAGUUGACCACUUUUUGAUAUCUCGAUUGGCAACUGAGAUACACUGAUUCUUUUUGCAGGUGAUAUUGUACGGUUCCUCAAUCUACGUCGUCGGCCACGUUCUCCUCUCGCUGGGCGCCGUUCCGUUCCUCACCUACGCCCUCCGAUCGUCGCUCGAUUUUUCCGGACUCUUUGUGAUCGCCUUCGCCACCGGAUGCAUCAAACCGUGUGUUUCGGCGUUCGCCGCUGAUCAGGUCGGUGUGGGGGGGGACGAGUUUCGCGGGUUUCGCGGCCACGGCCAUCACGGGGGGGGGGGCGUGGCCUAAUCUGAGACGCGUUUUCUGAAAAUUGCCGCAAUUCCAGCACAAUUUUUCGCCAUUUUUGUGUUUGAUAUCGACAAAAGAAGAGACAUUAAAGAGAGAAAACAUUGAAAUUUUCGUGAAAACGCCGCGUUUGAGACGUUUUUCGAAUAUUUCGCAAUACGCCCUCCGCGGCCAAUCGCCGCCGCAAUUUCGGAAUUUUCAUAUAAAUUUUCAUGCCGAUCCGGAUAGUUUUGAGACGAAGUGAGUGUCGGAAGUGAUUAAACACGUUAAUACAAGUAUUUUAAGCGUUCAAACGGCAAAAAGUAUCGGCGAAUGACUGAAAUUCGCGCAUUUUCAGCACAAAACUUAAAAAUCGAUUGAAUUGCUUCAUUCUCUGAAUGAAACCUGCCCGUUUUAAGCUCAAAAAGUGCGCGAUGAUUAUUUUAACAAAGUUAUGCAAUUAAAUCGUCUAAAUCGUACAAAAUUUGGGUAAUUUUUGACGAAAAACACGAAAAAUAGGGGGUUAAAUUUCGAAAAUUUCGAAUUUCGCGCCAAAAUGGUGAUAAACCGUGCACGCCCCCUUUUUACGUUUUUGGUCGCCGUGCGCGAUCUGAGACAUCCUUAACAGAGUUGAGCGGAAGAACUUAACGGAAGAAUUUUUAUCUUUUUUAGAAAAUUUUUUCAUGAAAUGUGAUCAACUGACGAAAUGUAGAGCAAAGUGAACUCUGCUCCUAGAAAAAUAAUUGUAAAUUUAGCGAUUCAUACAAAAAAGUCACCGUACAAACUGUAUUAUAACGGCAUGCCGCUAUAUUUUUCGGAAUUGAGUUCCACCUUUUUUUUUGAAUUGAUAGUAAAAAAAAAACAUAAUUAAAAACAAAUUUCAAAGAAAAGCACUGUUGGGUGGUACCGCGCGGUGUUUGCACAGCGUUUAAAAAAAUGUUCGGAAGAAUAACUGCUUCUGAAUUUUCCGCUUCUAAAAAAAUUCUAAAAAACAAUUAAAAAAACAAAAAACUUAAAAAAAUGUCUGCGGGGUGCCGUUAUAAUACAGUUUUUACGGUAUAUUCGAGUUGUUCCGUUGGCCCUUUUUUCACGGAACAACUCGCAUAACUUUUUUGUAUGAAACGCUAAAUUUACAAUUAUUUUUCUAUGAGCACAGUUCAUUUUGCUAUACAUUUCGUCAGUUGAUCACAUUUCAUGAAAAAAAUUUCUAAAAAAGAUAAAAAAAAUUCUUUCGCUCAACUCUUUACUCUAAAAUCGUGUUGCAGUUCACCGAAGAGCAAAAGGAUCUGCGCUCGCAGUUCUUCUCCUUCUUCUACUUUGCGAUCAACGGCGGCUCGCUGUUCGCCAUCAUCAUCACGCCGAUUCUGCGCGGCCGUGUCCAGUGCUUCGGCAAUCAACACUGUUUUCCUCUGGCGUUCGGCGUGCCCGGCGUGCUGAUGCUCGUCGCGCUCCUCCUCUUUUUGAUGGGCUGGAGCCAGUACCGCAAGUAUCCGCCGAGCCGCGAGAACGUCGGACGCCACGUCGUCGCCGUCAUUUACACGUCGUUGCGCAAAAUGUUGGGCGGGUGAGGAGUGCGGUUCAGGGGUGUGCGGAAAAUUUUUUUCGGAAAAAUUCGGAAAAUCGGUUUUUCCGAAUUUUUUUUUCGGAAAAUUUCGGAAAAAUCGGAAAAAUCGGAAAACUCACUUGUUCAUUGGUUCAGUAAAGUGUUUAAACAACGUUCUAAUACAAAAAAAUGCUUAUUCAAAAUGCUUUUUCCGCCCAGUUAAAUAUACGUCCCACUUUCCCAUUACGUCAGCUUUUCUGAAAAAACAACACAAAUCGCAACAAUCGGUUCAUUAGAAUGAGAAAAACGAAAGAAAUUGCGUAAAAUUUAAAAAUCAAAUUUAAAAAGACGCUCGCUGCUAGACCCUUCCAAAAAUUUUGUGAUGCGCCUUUAAAAAGCAUACGGUGGUUUCGGACAAAUUGACCUUGAAUCCACACUAAUUUUCCGAAAAUUUUGCCGAAAAUUUCUCGGAAAAUUUCUCGGAAAAUCGGAAAAUUUCGGAAAAUCGAAAUAUUUUCCGCACACCCCUGGUGCGGUUGCGAAAUGGACGGCGGGGAUUUGUUGUGUUCUUGCAGAGCGUCUCGCGACAAACCGGUGGCUCACUGGCUCGACCACGCGGCGCCCGAACACUCGCAAAAGAUGAUCGACGCGGUGCGCGGACUUCUCAACGUCGCCGUCAUCUUCUGUCCGCUCAUCUUCUUCUGGGCGCUCUUCGAUCAGCAGGGAUCGACGUGGGUCCUCCAGGCGCGCCGUUUGGACGGUCGUCUCGGCCAUUUUUCGCUGUUGCCCGAGCAAAUUCACGCGAUCAAUCCGAUUUGCGUGCUCAUUUUGGUGCCCAUUUUCGAGGGCUGCGUCUAUCCGGCGCUUCGAAAAGUGACCCGAGUGACGCCGCUCCGAAAAAUGGCCGUCGGAGGACUGCUCACCGCGUUUUCGUUCGCCAUCGCCGGAGUUUUACAGGUAGAGCGCUUGUUUUUUUCCAGCAAAAAAUCUGCUAUAUUUGGAAUAUUGUAGCUAAAAGUCAACGAGACUAUGGAAUUUCCGCCGGCACUCGGAAGAGUUUAUCUGCAAAGAAUCGGAAACGAGACACUGCUCACCGAUUUUCGAUUCAAACACGACGGACACUUGAUUGGCGGUAUAUUGAUUUGAAAAUUUGAAAUUUCGAGGUCUAGUACAACAUUUUUGUAGUUGAGCACUGGGUACUGUAGCGCUUGGAAGUUGGGAUUGAAAAGUGAAAAGUGAAAAAUUUCAAACGGCUACAGUAUCCGAACGAGUAGUUAUCUGAAAAAAUGUUCAACUACAAACGAGAACAAAGGAGCGACGGUACUGAGGCCCCAGAGCUUUUUUCCAAUUAGAACUUGACAUCGAGUACUUGAUUUUUGUGCUUGACCACUUUUUACUACGACCAAUCCUUGAGGUACUGUGGCGCUUGGAAGUUGGGAAUGAAAAGCAACUUCUGAGCACUACAGCACCUCGGGGAGUGGUCGUACGAAAAAGUGGUCAACUACAAAAAUAAAGUUCACACUUUUAACUAUAUUUUUGCUGUUGACAACUUUUUUGUACAACCGCUCCCAGGGUUACUGUAGCGCUUGGAAAUUAGAUUAGGACCAGACGCUAUUCAACCCCAACUUCGAAGCGCUACAGUACGCCUGGAAAUGGUCGUACAAAAAAGUGGUCAACUACAAAAAUACAGUAGAAACCGUCAAGAUUUCAGCGAAAAAGACUUCCAGUCCUUUUCAGCGGCCUCUCAAAGUCGAAUCACACUUUUUCAGACGGCUUGCUGCCGAACGGACGUACCGAACUCGACGCCGGCGUUUACACCUUCAAUACGGGCCUCAAAAAUGAAUCGCAACAAAUUGACAUUUCCACUCCGAACAAAGGAUACGUCAUGGCGGUGUUCCGAUUGGAUGCCACAGUGUAAAUGCGAUUUGGUGCCAGAAAAACGCUGAAAUACCCCGUUUUUUUUUUCUGCAGAAAAGUGGUCAAAUUCGACUAUAAAGUGGAGAAAACCGACAACGGAGCCACCCGAGUGUUCGUAGUGACCGCCCGUGACGACGCCGAUCAUUUGGUGUACGCGAUCAAUAAAAAGUGAGUGUGCAAGUGCGCUCCAUUGAGAAUUGCGUGAAAAUCGCUCGAAAUUGCUCAAAAUCUCGCGUUUUUCCUCCAGUUUUUUGCGCGAAAUCGAUAAUAUCACAGUUUGAUUACAGCGGAAAAGUGCUGAGCAGUUGUGCGCUCGAAUCCGGCGCCUACGUCGACAUCAUUCCGGGAAUUAUCAGUGAUCCGAAUGUACGCCUGUACUGGGGACCCAAAAACCGGUGUUCCGGAUCGGAUUGCCCGAAUACGGUCGGUUUGAAUGUGAGUGCGCCGACAAAAGUGCGAGGAAAAUCGGAAAUUCGGAACAAUUUAGGCGCAAAUGGGAGCCGUACACGUUUUGCACAUUCAUCCGACCACCACCGACGAUGAUUUCAAUGUGUUGGUCAGUUUUCGGCGGACAUUUCGCAACUAGGGAGCAUUUUGCAACUAGGAGUCAUUUUGCAACUAGUAGACACUUUGCAACUAUAGGACAUUUUGCAACUGCGAGACAUUUUGCAACUGUGAGACAUUUCGCAACUAGGGAGCAUUUUGCAACUGCGAGACACUUUGCAACUAUAGGAAAUUUUGCAACUGUGAGACAUUUCGCAACUAGGGCGCAUUUUGUAACUAGGAGUCAUUUUGCAACUAGUAGACACUUUGCAACUAUAGGACAUUUUGCAACUGUGAGACAUUGCGCAACUUGGGCGCAUUUUGCAACUGCGAGACAUUUCGCAACUAAUUGUAAGGGACAACUGAAAAAUUGAGCAACUAGUAGUCACUUUGCAACUAGGAGUCAUUUUGCAACUAGUAGACACUUUGCAACUGUAGGAAAUUUUGCAACUGUGAGACAUUUCGCAACUAGGGGGCAUUUUGCAACUGCGAGACACUUUGCAACUAGUAGACGCUUUGCAACUGUGAGACAUUUCGCAACUAGUGGGCAUUUUGCAACUGCGAGACAUUUUGCAACUAGUAGACACUUUGAAACUAUAGGAAAUUUUGCAACUGUGAGACAUUUCGCAACUAGGAGUCAUUUCGCAACUAGUAGACACUUUGCAACUAUAGGACACUUUGCAACUGCGAGACAUUUCGCAACUAAUUCUAAAGGACAACUGAAAAAUUGAGCAACUAGUAGUCACUUCGCACCUGAACGACAUUUUGCAGCUGAUAGACGUUUCGCAACCGUUCUUGUUUGGAAUUGAAGUGUUUAUUGGUUGCAAAACGGCUCGUACCGAAACCAGACGUUUCGCAACCAUAACUCAUUCCUUAAAAUGCGUAAAAAGUAGUGAAACUUUAAAAAAUCAUAACUUUUUUCAAAAAAAUGCUACACACCGCUACUUGCGAUCAAAAUUACCGUAAUCGUCGAGACGAUACGCGAAAAAUAUGCGAAUUUUGCCAAAAAAAAUUCGAAAACAACGAAAUACGGUCGGUUUGCAGGUGCGCCCAAACUCGGUGAGCAUUCUGUGGUCGCUGCCGCAAUACGUGAUAAUCACGCUCGGCGAAGUGCUAUUGUCGGUCACCGGACUCGAGUUUGCCUAUUCGCAGGCGGCGCCCAACAUGAAAAGUGUGCUGACCGCCAUGUGGCUGCUGACCGUCUUCGCCGGAAACCUCAUCGAUAUGAUGAUUUCGGGCACGCGGCUGAUUCCGCAUCCGGCGCUCGAAUUCUUCUUCUACAGCAUCCUCAUGGUCAUCGUCAUGGGCGUCUUCAUUUUGUUGGGUUCGUUUCGGCGUGUUCGAUGAAACGUAUUAUCGGGCUCUAAUUAUUUUGCAGCCACGCAAUACACUUACGUGGAAGAUCAAGAAAACGAGGAGGAGGAGGAGGAGGAGGAGCCGCAAACGGUCAGCGAAUCGGAGAAGAAGGAGGCGAUCGCGUUGACGGAAAUCGAGUCGGGCGCCGUCGAAAAGAAAUAA